GUUAGUCUUCUGCUUUAUCUUCUCUUGCCUUGCAAUGGAAUUCCCAAAGACUGGUGAGCACUGCUCAAUGAAGGAUUGCAAGUUAUUGGAUUUCUUGCCGUUUGUAUGUGAGCAUUGUCAAGCGACUUUUUGUAAAGAACAUUUUCAUGCGACGUCGCACGAGUGUUCAGAGGCAAAGAGUGCUACACCCAGUCAGGAAAGAUCGGUGAACUUUUUGUGCUGCAAAGAGUCCUGCAGAGAAGUAUCGCUGAUAGAAAUGCCCUGUGUCAAGUGCAAGCGGCACUUUUGCGUCGAGCACAGGCAUCAUGGGUGUUCAGAGUUGAGCGAGACGGAGAAGACUCAGAAAUUGAAAAAGUGGCAAAUACCAAAAAAACAAUUUGCUGAAGCAAAAGCCGUGGUAGACCAACAGAUUGCGGACAGUUUAAAGAAAUCGAAAAAUACAGCAAUGGCAAAUAAAGUACAACUUAUGCGCGUGAAAGGUUCCGCGAUCGGUCCGAAAAACGUGCCCACGAGCGAGAGAAGUUAUUUCCUGGUGCAUCUGCCGCUGACGGCAAAUAAGAACAAACAUAUCGGCACGUCAAAAGGUGUCUUCGUCAAUACACAGUGGACGAUAGGCAAAUGCAUAGACUCAAUGGCAGACACGCUUAAGGUUCCCAAUAAUAAUAAUAAUACAACUACCACGAAUAAAUUGCGGCUUUUUCAUCAUUCUAACGGAGCUCUAAUAUGCAACGAGAUGGAUACACCUCUAACGAAAUUGUUUGAAAAUUCUGUUCUCGUUGACGGACAGCGAGUAAUCUUGGAGUAUUGUAAUAACAUAGAUACGCUGGAUGCAUCUUUAUAUAAAUAAGUAUAUUGUAUGUAAGCUACAUUAUUGUAAUAAAGUUUCUUACAUUAUUGAAA